CGAUGUUCUUAUUCCGCACUUCUGCUCAGUGCAGAAGUGCUCUGUUAGAUCAUCACAUGUACAGCGAUCUACAGUACUGUAACCCUCAGACUUGACCAAUGAUGUCCCCUGCACCUAUCGCUGCAGAAAUGCAGCAAGACCAGCGGCUAGAAACUCUGGCCAGAGCUUUCGAAGCUCUUCUGAUGACCACUCAACAACUCAACUGCAAGGAGAAAAGCUUGCAGCAACGGCUGGAAUAUGCCUCUGACGAGUAUCUCAAGCUCGCAGGAAAGCUCCCCGGCGGAGUCGAUGGUCAUACGAAAGUCGUCGCGGAUAAGAUCCUUGGUCGCCAUCCCGAGUUUGACCACCACAGAAUACAAAUCAUAAAACCCCCGGACGUAGUAAAGGCGCUUGCCGAGUCCGGAAACGUAGGAGAUCUCGCCCUUACCGCUAUAACGGAAGGGCUGACGUGCUACCAAUCCAUCAUACCUCCACAUGAGGUUAGGCCGCUCUCGGAUUUCAGCUCGUGUCUUGUCGCGACGAGAGCCGGAGUGCCUGCUCCCCUAGAGAAAGACUUCACUACCAAGGGCACGCAGGGAAGUUUGCGUUGUCCCUUUGCGAAGCAUAACAAUAAGACCUCUGAAAACGGGGUGUCCAAUGGGAUUCAAAGUCCUCUAAAGGAUCAGAAUGGGGAUGCGUAUCUAGACCAGCAUAGUCCGGAGGAGAUAGCCGACUAUGUUGAGAGGCACAAGCACGAGAUCCCUAGAAGCCAUGCUGUCUGCGUUCAACGGUACCAGCGGGACUCGCAGACCAUGCGGCAGCUGGAUGCAAAGUACGGUAGCCUUAUCAAUAUGAUCCAGGGCUUGUCUGCCAAACAUCGGGCGUUCCUACCGGAGCAGAGCCAAAGUGGCACGGCAGCCUCGAGCUCUUCUGCCGAGCGAGUGGAGAAAUGGGCGCAGGAAGUUGGUCAGAAGUCGGAGCUACAUCCAACAAUCAAAGAGGAGGAAGAAGAGGAGGAGGCGGCGGCGGCUGCUGGACAGGAGGAAGAAGGAGAAGAGAGAAAGAGUCGGUUUGAUCGUCCUCUGCGUGAAGUCCGGGUUGGCGAAUCCCCAAGCAGGCCCUGGGGGAUUCCUGUCCCGGUGACGCCUCUACCUCCUACUGCAUCAGCUCCCGAUUCCCCAGUUGUACCUGCUGCGACCCUCGACCCGGCACCAACCAAGCCUCCCAAAGCAGCGGCCGCAGACCUACCCUCGAUGGGGCCUCUUGGUGAGACGGCUAUGGGCCCCCCCGACACAGCGCCAAAGAAGGGUCGGUGUCCCUUCGGACACGGUGCGCCCUCUGGUGACAAACCAGCACCCAAGAUGGAGAUGGAGACCAUCCCCAAGCAUGAUCAAGUGGAUUCAGCCGACAAUCCUGAUGAGCAGAACGACGAUGAAGCACCCGAUACUUCUCCCAGCCCACCGAAUCAACCAACGGCCAGUAUCGUGUUCAACGGACCGGUGUUUUUUGGGUUUUCAGCAGAGCAGACUGCCGCGUUUAUGCAGCAGCUGGGCAAGCUGGGAACGAAUGGACUAGCCCAGAUGUGA